AUGGAGGAGAUGAAAAAAGAAAGCAUGGUGCAAUAUACAGAAGAUUUAGAGAUGAAUCCUUUUGAUGGGCUGCCAUUCUCUUCCCGUUAUUACAAACUUCUUAAAGAAAGAGAGGAACUUCCUGUUUGGCAAGUGAAAUAUGCUUUCAUGGAAAGUCUGCAGCAUCAUCAGAUUGUGAUUGUUUCAGGGGAUGCUAAAACUGGCAAGAGCUCCCAGGUGCCUCAGUGGUGUGCUGAAUACUCUCUUUCCAAUCAUUUUCAACAUGGAACAAUUAUAUGUACACAAACACAUAAACACACUGCCAUGCAGUUGGCUUUGCAAGUAGCUGAUGAAAUGGAUAUCAGUAUUGGUCAUGAAGUGGGAUACAUGGUUCCAUUUGAGAACUGUUGUAACAGUUCAACAAUCCUGAGAUACAGUACAGAUGCCAUGCUGCAAAAAGAAAUGAUGACCAAUCCUCUUCUGAGUAAUUAUGGAAUUAUCAUUGUAGAUGAUGUGUAUGAAAGAAGUGUCACAACAGAUAUACUGCUUGGGCUUCUUAAGCAUGUAUUGUUAUUAAGACCAGAGUUGAAGCUAAUUGUAAUUGCAUCUGUUGAAAUAUCCAGCAAACUACAGGCAUAUUACAGCAGUGUGCCUCUCAUAAGUGUGAAAAGCAAAUACCAGAUGGAGGUUGUGUAUACCUGUAAUGUUCAGAAAGACCAUUUCCUGUCUGCUUUAAAGCUGCUUUUUGAAAUUCAUAAUUCCAAGGAGAGUGGUGAUAUUGUCAUCUUUCUGGCCUGUGAACAAGAAAUUGGAAAAGCCUACCAGAUUAUUCAAGAAAAACAGUCUAAUUUGAAUCCUGAUGUUGGUGAAUUGGUCCCACUUCCUCUCUAUCCCAGUGAAAGAGAGAGAAUCUUUAAACCAAAUGAAGAGAAACCUUGCAAAUAUUACAAGAGGAAAGUGUUGCUAACUACUAGCUUUGGAGAAUCUUUGGUUUGGUUCAAAACUAUAGCCUUUGUUAUAGAUACUGGAAUAGAGAAAAAAAAGGUAUACAAUCCUCGAAUCAGAGCAGACACUGUUGUGGUACGGCCUAUUAGCAAAAGUCAAGCUGAGAUGCGUAAGCAAAUUCUGGGCAUGUCUUCAGGCAAAUGUUUCUGCCUCUACCCUGAAGAAUUUACAGACAAGGAAAUGAAGCUUCUACCACAGGCCAAAAUACAGGAAUCCAACUUGACAAAGAUGGUCCUUUUUCUGAAAAGAAUGGAUAUAGCAGGCCUAGGCCACUGUGACUUCAUAGAUAGGCCAGCUCCUGAAAAUCUCAUGCAGGCUUUGGAAGAUUUGGAUUAUUUGGCUGCCCUGGACAAUGAUGGAAACCUUUCAGAAUUUGGAAUAAUAAUGUCAGCGUUUCCAGUAGAUCCACAACUGUCAAAGGCUAUUUUAGCUUCUUUAGAAUUUGACUGUGUAGAGGAAAUGCUCACCAUUGCUGCCAUGGUAACAGCUCCUAGUUGCUUUAUAAACCCACCGCAGGGAACAGAAGAGAUUGCAGUUCUUUGCUGGCAAAAAUUUGUACAUCCUGCAGGAGACCAUUUUACUCUUAUCAAUGUGUACAAUGCUUACAAAGAAGUCACUACAAACUCCAUGAGCCAGCACUAUGAAAUUGAAAAGUGGUGUCAGAAUUACUUUCUGAACUGCUAUGCACUAAGGAUGGCAGAAGCUAUCAGAGCUGAAUUGCACGACAUUAUGAGACAAAUUGAACUCCCAGUUUCAGCAUCUGCUCUUGGACUGAAAGAGAACGUACCAAAGAUAAAGAAAGCACUGCUAUCUGGUUAUUUUAUGCAAACUGCUCGUGAUGUGGAUGGCUGUGGAAACUAUUUAAUGUUGUCACAUAGGCACGUAGCUCAGCUUCACCCUUUGUCAGUAUACUUCAACACGAAGAGCAUUCCAGAAUGGGUUAUAUUCCACAAAUUUAGUAUAGCUGAAAACAACUCUAUAAAAAUCGUCUCAGAAAUAUCACCUGACCUAUUUGUGGAGCUGGUACCUCAAUUCUAUUUUAGUAAUCUGCCUACUAGUGAAAGCAAGGCUAUUCUGCAGGAAGUAAUCAAUCAUUUAUCGCCCAUUUCAACAGACAAGGAACAAAAAACAAACAGCAAAGAUAAACAUUAUGAAAAAUAUCCUGAAAUACCCACUGAACAGCAAUGCAUUAUUCAGUAA